CAACCUCACGAAAAAUCUCCUAAAGGACGUUGAUAGAGAAAUACCACAGCCCAAACGUCGCCUUCUGGGAGAUAUCAUGACUGAAGUAUACAGUCAUGAUAUACCUUCCUUCAGCGCGUAAGCAGCUGCCAAGAAAGGGACUCUCUUAAUUCAUGCUCACAAGUGUGUCUUGAAAUUGGAAAUCGAUUGUCUGACAACUCUUGUAUUUUGGUUGAAGAUGGCCGCGUAUUUGUCCGUGGAGACCAACUAGCUUUCCACCUGAAUGAGCAACUAGCACCGUAUAUGUAUGAAGUUCCGAGAGAAUACGGCCCUUUCGAGCACUUGUUCAAACGCCUUGGAGCUGUAGAGGAAGCCACACCUGCACAGUUCGCAAAACUUUUAGGUAGACUUCAAGCCUCAUGUCUAGACGAGAAAAUGCACCCCAAUGAAGCCGAGAUUGCUAAACGCGCAGUGUACGGCCUAUUUUCUACUCUAAAAGCCCUACGUGAUCGUAAUGGAGGUGAGUCCGCCAAUCCUCUCCCUGAGAUCGAACGUCUGUACCUUCCAAGCAAGGAGCAAAAGCUCAGAAUAUCUGUAGACUUGGUUCUGUUUGAUUGUCCUCAGCAUAAAUAUCGUAUACCGACUGCUAUGUAUGAGCCCCUCGAUAGACUCGAGAGAUAUAAUUUAACGUUUGCUACCCAUCAGCAAAUUGCUGAUCUUCUACCAGCUCACCUAAAGAUCCCAUCCUUAAGAGUGCUAGUAAGAGAAGAGCUUCACCCAGAAUGCAAGGACAAGAAGUGCUCUGCUGACGUAGAAAAGACAUGUCAUGAGACUAAUCGCCUUCGUGACAUAUUGUUUUCCACUCACCUCGUUGAUGGCAUCAUACGAAUAUUAAAGUAUCAAUUUCAGAAAGCCAAACUAACAGAGGUUCAAAACAAAGUUCGUAGUUUUCAGAAAGAGCUACGAAUCAGUUGCAUGGCGGAGCUGUCCACUGAGCUUGUUGACAACAGGUCAAAUAUGUCAAUUCCAUACAGCCAAAGAUCAAAUAUAGACUGUGUUGUGGAUAGGGAUGAAGUCGGUGGAAAGCACAUAUUCAUUAAUCAUGGUGCUGAUCCUGGUAAUGUACGCGGGUUUCUAUGUAGAGAGAUAAACCAACUAACAGGAUGCUACAUCGACAAAGAAAGCUGGUUGCAUUUGGCUCGUAUUCUAGAAUGUGAGUCCCCUGAACACAUUUCUUUGAUAUUGGACGACACCGGAGUAUCUGAGGAUGUGGAGGCAGCUGAUACGCAGAGUUCGUACCCUGUUCUUGGCACAGAAGUGCCCGAAGAGUUUCAUCACCUCCUCGUUCAGUACGACGACUUCUAUUUUCGAAAUGGAGCAUUUGUUGCAUUUGAAAAAGAAGACUCAACUGAGGAUGAUCCCAAGUACAUCUAUGCAAAAAUCGUGAACAAGCUCCCAUGUGAAACUAAACCCAAAGAGGACAACACAAUAAGAGAACCGAGAGUAGAAAGUACCUUGCUAAGCAGAUAUCUUAUAGACGUUGGCCACGGAAGAAAAGAAGUCGAUGUAUUGGAUCUAUACAAGUUAAGAAGACCACAAAAGGUUCAAGAGAACGUUGACGAAGUAGCAGGAGAGUCCGCUUCAGAAAUGAUGGACCUUGUUCUUUACGAAGGUGCUGCUAGACAAAGUUCUGAACAAGAGGAAGCAGAAUCGCCCUCGUCCUCCCAAGAAACGAACGACCAACCUAAGCCUAGAGAUUUGGACGCCGCCAUAAGCGAAGUUAAAGAGGCUCUUGCAGAAAUUUGGAAACUUCCGGAAGAAAAGAGAAAGAAAGCAAUUAGGCGACUAUACCUUCGAUGGCAUCCGGACAAAAACAUGGACAUGCAGGACAUUGCAAAUGAAGUCAUAAAGUUUUUACAAAAUGAGGUCGAAAGGCUGUCAAAAGUAAACUUGCCAAGCCACGAUGAAGACUGUGCAAGACGCCCACCAUCAGAUUUUUCGGACUCCUUCACGCAAUGGGAUAAAAGAGCUCGACGACAGCGCUCAAGCUACGAAAAAUACGGCCGCCACAACCCACGAUUUACAGGUUUCGCAUCACACUCGAGAAGGACCUACAAGGCACCUAAUCCAUGCGUAGCGAAGAUGUGGAUUCGUCAGAGCAAAGAAGACCUGCGCUCAGUAGAACUUCUCUUGACUGCCCAAGAUCCACUUCACUACCUUGUCUGCUUCCAGAGUCAUCAAAUUGCAGAGAAAUCUCUCAAAGCAGCUCUUUACUCUAUAUCAGGAGUUGCAGACAGGCAGUUGUACACUCACGACUUGGUUCUAUUGGCCCAGGGUCUUUCACUGCUUCCUGGAGCUCCAGAUGUGAUACUGAAAGUAGCCAGGCUGUCCAACUAUUACCUGAGCACUCGAUAUCCUAACGCACACAGACCCCCUCACGUGCCUGCUGAGGUUUUCCGAGAUUCUUGGCAAGCACAGGAAGCGUUCAGACUGGCCACAGAAGUUUUGGAAGAACUAGAACGGUUUGUUGGAACAUGAUCACUGCUCCUGGCUGUCGUCAAGUCUCUCUAUUUGACUGUAUAACAAUAUACACUGUUCAAAGUUCAACUAAAAUAUGUUUAGACAAAGUUAAUCUACCUAUACUACUCGCACGCCUUUGCCACAUAGAAUGACGUUAAAUUUGGGCUGUCUUGACCUAUUUUGCAUCCUAUGAUUCAAAUAUUCAACUGAAGAGAAAUUAACAUUUCUAU